UUGGGUGAAAUUAAAUUCCCCAUCUAACAUCUUUGCCCAUAUACAAACGGUCGCUGUACUCACACGAAAUAGAUGCUCGUUGGUAAGAAUUAAGAAACCAUCGAAAACAGUAAUCACAGGGCGGGUUCAAUAGCUGGGUAGUGACGUGUCAGGAAAUGAGCGGUGGAUGCUACGGGUCCUGGGGCCCACGAGUCAGUUGAAAACUGCCCUCUGUUUUCCCCCGCAUCAUCUUCGUGCUUUGCCCUCCUCUCGUCCUUGGGGAGCUGGAAUGGCGUCUGCUCAGCUGCUUCAGUUCUCUCGUCUCCCGCCUCAAUUCCCAAGAACCACCUCACAAUCCCCCACUUAUUACCGUCCAUGCCACUCGGCCGCCGGAACAAACCCUCGCCGUUCAAUCAGAUGCUGGUCUUCCUCCAGCGGCCGGUCGCCCGAACCCGAGAGCGGGGACUCUGCGGUCAAGGACGUCGAACGGCUGCUCGAGGAGAAGCGCCGUGCUGAGCUGGCAGCCCGCAUCGCCUCCGGCGAGUUCACCGUCGGCCAGUCUGGGUUGGUCCCCACGAUUCUGUCGGGGCUGGGUCCCGCUGGGAAAUUCUUGGCGGAGUUCGUGGAGAGAUUAGGGGGAGGCGGGGGCCGCGAGGGUGACCGGCCGGAGAUUCCUCAGGCGAGGGGAUCUAUUGCUGCUGUUGGAGGACAGGCCUUCUUCAUACCCCUCUAUGAACUCUUCCUCACCUGUCGCCUCAAUUUCGGACCCAAGUCGUUUUUGAUCGUUUCGGACCCGGACAUAGCUAGGCGUAUACUAAGGGACAAUUCCAAGGCUUAUUCCAAGGGGAUUCUAGCUGAAAUUUUGGAGUUUGUAAUGGGUACGGGGUUGAUUCCGGCCGAUGGGGAGAUUUGGCGUGUUAGGAGACGAGCAAUUGUCCCUGCAUUGCACCAAAAGUAUGUGGCUGCCAUGAUCAGCCUAUUUGGAGAAGCUUCAAAUAGACUGUGUGAUAAAUUGGAUGCUGCGGCGUCGGACGGAGAGGACGUAGAAAUGGAGUCCCUCUUCUCUCGGUUGACGUUGGAUAUCAUUGGCAAGGCAGUUUUUAAUUAUGAGUUUGAUUCGUUAUCAGUUGAUAAUGGAAUAGUUGAGGCUGUUUAUACUGUUUUGAGAGAAGCAGAGAUGAGAAGCACUUCUCCGAUACCUACUUGGGAAAUUCCAAUAUGGAAAGAUAUCUCCCCUCGGCAGAAAAAGGCUAAUGAAGCUCUUAAAUUGAUUAAUACUACUCUGGAUGAACUGAUCGCAAUUUGUAAGAGAAUGGUAGAGCAAGAGGAGUUGCAAUUUCACGAAGAGUACAUGAACGAGCAAGAUCCUAGCAUUCUACAUUUCUUAUUGGCAUCGGGAGAUGAUGUUUCUAGCAAGCAACUCCGUGACGAUUUGAUGACAAUGCUAAUAGCUGGCCAUGAAACUUCUGCAGCAGUGCUAACAUGGACCUUUUAUCUUCUUAGUCAGAACCCAAGGGUUAUGGCGAAGCUUCAAGAGGAGGUUGACACCGUGUUAGGGGAUCGUUUUCCUACUAUUGAAGACAUGAAAAAACUAAAGUACACUACUCGAGUGAUUAAUGAAUCACUGAGACUUUAUCCACAACCACCAGUCUUGAUUCGUCGUUCUCAAGAGAACGAUGUUCUUGGAAAAUACCCCAUAACAAGGGGUGAAGAUAUUUUCAUUUCUGUGUGGAACCUUCAUCGUUCUCCUAAGCAUUGGGUUGAUGCUGAGAAAUUCAAUCCUGAAAGAUGGCCACUUGAUGGACCAAAUCCAAAUGAAACAAAUCAAAAUUUCAGCUAUUUACCAUUUGGUGGUGGGCCACGAAAAUGCGUUGGAGACAUGUUUGCUACCUUUGAGACUGUAGUAGCAACAGCAAUGCUAGUUAGGCGAUUCAACUUCCAAAUAGCCGUUGGAGCUCCUCCUGUGGAGAUGACAACGGGGGCAACCAUUCAUACAACCGAGGGCUUGAAGAUGACAGUUACUCGAAGAACUAGACCUCCUGUAAUUCCUACAUUAGAAGCAAAAGAAGUUCUAACAAUUGAUGGUAGUAAUCAGAUAAGCAAUGGUAGCAGUAUUCCUGAAGGGGAUCAGCAAGGUGAAGUCUCUACAGCUCGUCUGUGAUAGACCGAAAUACAAACAUCCAGCCUUUUGUUUUGUUUUUUUCCCCCGCUAAAGUAUACUCAUCACUGCAAAUAUACAAACAAAGUGUUUCAAAGAGAAAUAUCGUCUUCUUCUAUUCAUCAAGAGUUUGUAUCAGGACAUAUUUCAAUGUGAUUUAGCAUUUAGUUACGGAUGAAAUGCCUAUUGCUUUUUUUAGAA